AUGUCAUCACAAGACGGCACUAUCGAGGACGUCCCGGAACCGACUUACGAAAGCGAUGACGCUAUUGCUACUGCGUAUAGUCCAGCCUGGGCCGACCUGUUCGAGCAUUCGAGUGAGGACAACGAUCAGAGGAAGUUUGCUGUCGACGCAGAGGCGCGACUUGAUAUCAUGAAGAGCUGGAUCAAAGCCUGCAACAAGCUGCACUGCGACCCUCCUUGCGUUCCAUCCAAAGCAGACGCAACUACAUGGCCUACGUGGCUGAUCGAUGUUGUGGAUGCAUGUAUAGUUGAGGGCAGCAUUGCCGACCGGUAUCUUACACUGAGCUACGUAUGGGGUGGAGUACAAACACUACAGCUUUCUACGGGCACCAUCGAGCAGUUGGGACAGUAUGGAAGCCUCAGUAAGCAUGAAGCUGGCUUACCAAAGACAAUACGUCAAGCUUUGGAAGUUACGCAGCUGCUCGAUGAACGAUAUAUAUUCAUUGAUCAGCUUUGUAUUAUCCAGGAUGACCAGCAACACAAGAACACCGAGAUCGAGCAUAUGGCGGAGAUAUAUGCAAAUUCGUUUCUGACUCUUGUUGCUCGGGCCGGCGAGACGGCGGACUCUGGGCUGGCUGACGAUCUCGAUCAGUUGAUGCGCAGCAAUCCCAAUGACCAUCCACCUACAUAUAGAAGCGGUCGAACCACAUGGGAGCGUCGAGGAUGGUAA